AUGACCAAGAAAAGAAGAAAUAAUGGUCCUGCCAAAAGAGGCCGAGGCCAUGUGCAGCCUACGGUAUUUGUUGCACCAACUGCGCCCAAGGACAAGGCCAUUAAGAAGUUAUUUGUCAUUAGAAACAUAGUAGAGGCCGCAGCCAUUAGGGACAUCUCCAAAGCGAGUGUCUUCAACGCCUAUGUGCUUCCCAAGCUGUAUGUGAAGCUGCACUACCGUGUGAGCUGUGCCAUUCACAGCAAGGCAGUCAGGAACCGUUCUCAUGAAGCCCGGAAGGACCGAACACCCCCUCCCUGA